GUCAUUGUGAUCUUGCCUAACCACACAGGACCUCAAACUUUGAAGUUUUCACCUCUCUAUAUUCCUCUUGAUUUGGUUUUGAAAAAGUGUAUUUCAACCCUCCCUGUAUAAUUAAUGUAGGUAUUGAUUUUCGGAAUUAACUGAAACAUCAAUCGUGCUUGUAUAACUUUGGUGUCUUCAUGGUUUCUAAGUGAAAGUGAAUUCACAUUCAUGUUUUAACUUAAUUUGCUCAUAAUUCCUGUCCAGAGGAUCUGUUAAAAGGCUUUUUUGGCGAGUCCGAAAACAUCCAUGAAGGAGCUUGUGCUGCAGCGAUUGCGUAACAAGGUCGUUGGUCGUUCCGAAGAAAUUUUUGCAAGAGGAAGGAGCUUCUUUUUACGGAGCUGAGGCCUCUGCCCCGUGGUGUCAGGCAUGCCAGGAAGCUUGUAAGUUAAAACGCAGGCUUCUAUCCACCACGGCAACGAAAGGCAGUUUGUUCUAUUGUAAACCACGACUACGUCCUCGCAGCCAGUUUUACAGGUCUUAACUCGAAAUUACCUGAAGCCGGUUCCGUAAAUCUCGACUACGUCCUCGCAGCCAAUUUGUUUCACAGUUGUGAAUUUUACCCAGACUACUCGACGACGACGUCGCCUAAAAAGCAACUGCGAAGAUGUCGAUAAAACACGCAUCGCGGGGGAAGACCAAAGAUGGUCUCGCGCUUAUUCCCUACUUCUAUGACUCUCUCCACAUGUUGGAGUGUUCUGCUCCCCAGUUUCAGUUUACGCAGCACGCCAAGGAAGAUAAAUCCGACAGCAAUGGAAAGUGGCAGUGUCACAUUACUGUGAUGGAUACGGGAGUCGGAAAGGAGAUGACGUACAAAUAUAUAUGCUAAAUGUUUUUGUUUACGUUCAUUCUAAGUAGAAAAGAAUACGAUACGCUGCGUAGUCAGUAGAACGUUGCCCAGGGUUCUUGCUUGUGGCGAAUCUUUUUAUGAUUCAUCUCUCAAUUGUGGCAAAUGCAGUAAAAAUCUGAGAAUUUCAUUCUCCUUCAGGUAUACCCACGAGGAGGGUGUCACGCAAAAGAAACAUGCACAGGAGUUGGCAAUUAUUGGUUUUUUUGCACAGCGCGGGGCUCCUUUGGAUUUGAGCCGGUUUCAUGGACUUGGAGAGGUGGAGGGUCCCAUUCGAACGGGGAAGCCACGCGUUGGUCGCGCAGCAGAGAAAAAAGAGGCUGAGGUGGCUAUGUUCAAGGGCUUUGAGCAUUUGGCGAAGCCACCUGGCGCAGAAACGUUGAUCGCAAAGUACGGCCCGACUGACGCAGAACUCCGAGCAAUGGAGUACGACGCCCAGUUAGACGAGGUUGACGACAGCGACUUGGUAAAACUCUAUGGUGGGAACAAUAUGCCGGAACAAGGUGCCAUUCCACCACCUGGGGGUAUUGGGGGUAUCGUUAUUCCACCGGGAGGAGGCGGCCAGCCGAGUAUGAUGGUACCAGGCGGCAUGACGGGACCGCCAGGAAGUAUGGCAGGUGGAACCGGUGGUCCGAGUGAAGCGUUUUUUGAUCCGAGUGAUAUUGCUCCAUUAGCAGAUGUGAUGGAUAACCCGGCUAUUACCGGAGAAGAUGCAGGAGCCAGCAGUUCGGCUACAGGAGAUGACAGAGGAGCAGAGAAAAAAGAGGACGCGGAAGAUGAAGAGAUAGACGAAGAAGAGGCACUGCGACUAGCAGGUGCGGACCCGGCGGACGUGAACGACGAACCAGAACUGCUCGAUCUCGGUCUAGAAGCUGAAUUAGGCUUGCCCUCAGCCUCAGCGACUAGCAAAGCGGGAGGAAAAGUAAUACGGGCGACGGGAGACGGCGGCCUGAAGAAGGAGGUGGUUGCAGUACCGAAAGCCACUGCAGACCCACCUCCAGCGGUGAUGAAGGCAACGGCGCCGCCCCCGCCGCCAAUAGUAGGACCGGGAUUGCGACCGUUGAGCAGUGCGGGACUGGAGAACCUGCACUUGGCGACCCAGCGGGCUGUAGCCAACAAGGGCGGCGGAGGACGAUGGGGCGCUUAUGGCGGUAUGUACAAUAACAUGAGUUGGGGCGGCUCCAGCUCCUCCUCAGUGGCGGGUAGUGUCGCAGCCGGCCCUAACGCCACUUUCUCUAAGGCCGGCUCCGUGGCCGGGGCCAACGACGACGCUAUGUCCACGGUGAGCGGCUACACCUCCACUAUGUCUAACUGGACGUCGCCGUGGUCGAUGAUGGGAGGUCCAGGAGGCUCCAACAAACGUGCUUUGCCAGGCACGCACCGAAUGCAGGCUCUUCCGCGAGAAGCGAUGAUGAAGCGGAGGAAGAAAGAGGACGAACGGCGGAAAGACCAGAUGCGUGGCCCUGGUGUUUUCAUAGACCGCGAAGACGGCACUCGCGUCUUCCGCACUAAAAAUGGCGUAGACGUCCCAGAGCCGAUCAUGGACAUCCAAGGUUUAUGGGUCUUGCUGGAUCCCCACAAUCGUCCUGUGGGUGCCAGCGGUCCAGGCACUUUCUUUAAUCCCGCAGAUGCGGCAGACCAGGGUUUGAAACCGGCGUUGGGCCAGCAAGGCGCGCAGGAUGGACCGGAUAGUAUCAAGAAAGCCAAAGUUUUCGUGGUGGAAGAGAAUGCGUUUCGCGCAAGUAACGCGUCCGAUAGACAAAAGCAGCUGAUCAUGGCCGACGACGGGAGCCCCGAGUUCGUCUAUGUCGACGACAACGAAAACAAAGUACGCGGACUCGUCCAAAAUGACCAGCGCACGAACAACAAAAUUAUUCACUGGGACAACGGCGACCAGUGGGAACCAGCGGUGACGCCGCUUCUGCCAGAAGAGAAGGACGACGAAGAGACCUAUGGUUUCGAUUUGUGUAAUGGGAAACAAAAUUUAAACAUUUUUUUCCAGAAACGCAAAUUCUCGAUGGAGACCAUCGUAACGGACCCUCUUACAGUCGUGCCGGGUUUCCGCGGCUCCGUGGACAUGAUGGUGAACAGUCGCGAGCGGCUGCGCUGCUCUGUCGUGAGCGGGAGCAAGAAGGGCGCGGGAUGCGAGUUGGCGAUGCGCGUCUGCAAAAUGUUGUGCCGCAGAAAAAUGAUCCCGAAAGCCUCAGAACAGGGUGCAGGCGCCUCCACUCCAGAGGCACUUAGCAUUACCCCAGAGACCUUUGGCUUGUCGCAGCACAUGCGAGGCGUCCUAAAAAAAUUCGUGACGGACACGUGUAACUUCUCGCCAGUCGAGUUCGACCAACAGGCCAGCGUGAUUGACGUUGCCUUGAAGAUCGACGCCGCGCCUUGGUCCAUGAGCGCGAACUAUGAGUCCGAGGGCGCAAUCGCGUGGACCGAACCGCGUGCUUGCCCGGACCCGUGGGGCAGCACGCAAGGCGGCGGUGGACCUUCUGCACAUGCCCGCUCACGUGGAAACAUGUAUGGUGGCGAUUCGGAGAACCAGAAGUUGUUACGAGAAUUACAGCAGAAACAGGGUAAUCACCUGUAUCAGAUGAUGCAGCACGACCGGACGAGAUUGCCCAUCUGGAACAUGCAGCACGAAAUUGUACGAGAGAUCGAGGGCACACCCGUAGUUUUGGUGCAGGGCAGCACGGGUUGCGGUAAAACGACGCAGAUUCCCCAGUUUCUGCUGGAUUACUACAUCGGUCGGAACAAGGGAGUAGACUGCAAUAUCAUCGUGACUCAGCCCAGGCGAGUGGCCGCGAUCUCAGUUGCCGAGCGUGUGGCACAAGAGCGAGGCGAGGCCCUAGGAACCAGUGUAGGUUACAUGGUGCGCUUUGACCAGGUACUGACUUCUUUCGGAUAUUAUCUAUCAGCUGCUUGAAUGGCUAUCCCCAUGUUUAUGUUUUGGCUUUAUACAUGAUAGUUCACUCUUUCUGGUGUUGGUGAUUCUUUCCUCAUAAAGACUAUAGCUGCCUUGAUUAUAUUUAUUCUGUCUGAAUAAACUCCCCGUCCGCCUAGGUGAGCCCUCGUCCCUCCGGAUCCAUGGUUUAUAUGACCGUUGGUGUGCUCCUGAAGCGGCUUGCGGCUGGUUUGCAUGGCAUUUCGCACGUCAUCAUUGAUGAGGUCCACGAGCGCGAUGUGAAUACGGAUUUCCUUCUUAUCGUGCUACGUCGCCUCAUCGGAAGCAAUCCUCGCUUGCGCGUUGUGCUCAUGUCCGCGACAAUCGAUCUCCAGAAGCUGCAGCUCUACUUCGCGCGCAGAAACACGUGUCGCAUCAUCGACGUGCCUGGCCGCACCUUCCCUGUCACGUGUUACUACCUAGAAGACGCGAUUGAACUGCUAAACUGGAAGGCUCCGAAGCGAGACACCGAGAGGAGAGAGCGAUGGAACGGCGAUAUCGUCUUGAACCCAAACAUGCGAUACUCAGAGGACACGGAAUGGACUGUGCGAUCUAUCAAUGAGAACGAACUACAGCUCGAUCUCAUAGAAAAAAUCAUUGCAUACAUUAUCAUGCAGGUAUAUCUUUACUAUCGCCAUUAGUUUUCCUUUUCCCUCAUCUGCCUUACAGGUUAGUCUCUUCAUCCAAUACUAUCCACAUUUCAAGCAGGAAUAGAACGCCGUUGGUAUCUAUUGUUUCUUAUAGCGGCGAGUCUUUUUCAUCAAGAGAGCCGUUCUACGUUGUGUUUUCUUAGAUCUCAUCAACAACUCUUUAAAUCCUAACAUGAACCAUAACCUUAGCCUCGAGUAGCUUCAUCCGAAAUAAACCACACAGGACUUGAAAGGUGGCGUUCUCAUUUUUCUGGCUGGUUGGGAUGAGAUUGCGCGCUGCCUAAAGCAUCUGAGACGGCAAUCUCACUUGCAGAGUUGCUACUUUUUGCCGCUGCACUCUCAAGUUCCCAAAUCCGAACAACACUUGGUCUUCCAGAACCCCGGACAUGGAAGAACGAAGGUAACUUUAUAAAAUAUUAGACAUACUACAGGAGUUCUUGUGAGGAUGAAACAAAUAGAUGAAUUACUACCUACUUUGCUGUUCUCUCUGCACAUCGUAGAGGAUAGGGAUAGCGAUCGGGGGUUAUUUGUGGUUAACCAUUCGCUCUCUUUUUCGAACGUCUGUAGGAUUUUGGAAAAAUAUUUUUCCAUGAUUGAUGACCUGACCCAGCUAUCCUCACGCUUAUCUCAUACAAUUUCAGGUUGUCCUCGCGACUAACAUCGCAGAGACCUCAGUGACGAUUCCGGAUGUGUCGUAUGUGAUCGAUACUUGCAAAUGCAAGAUGAAAUAUUUUCGACCUGUACACGACGCGCUGCUGGGCCAGCUUGCUCUCGGAGAUUCCAGCUCAACGCGGGCCCACCCAUUGAUGUCACGUAUUUGCUUAUCUGAUUUGAUGGUGAAUUUUCGAAGAGAUUCUUACAAGAUUGCAUCUGCAUAUGCGUCUACAACUAUGAUGUAAGUGAUGAUGCUUGUACUUGUUGUACUAGCUUCACCCCUUGCUGGGUACAUCAUCAAGGGAGAGUGCGAUGCUGCAUUAUAAAGAACAGGAGAAAGGAGCUUCAUACCUGUCUUCCAAAAAUUAACUUUGGCAGUCUGCACUGAGCUUUGUGCGAGAUUAAUUGUAUUGCAUCCAUUGUAUUGUAUUGUAUCGCAUUGUAUCGUAUAGGUAUGGAUAUCCACUGGGCCGCGAAGCAUAACUUGAUCCAGCGUAUGGGUCGUGCGGGCCGAACACAUUCUGGGGUUUGCUUUCGUCUUUGCACCAAGUGGCGAUUUGAUCAGUUACCGGAUAUCGUGCUGCCGGAGAUUCAGCGCGUGCCUUUACACCAAAGUGCGUUGAUGGUGAAGUGGUUGCGCUUGGGGGAGAUUAGUGCGUUUUUAGGGGAAGCAUUGGACCCGCCAAGCCAGGAGAACAUAAACCGAGCAAUCCAGGUAUUUCAUUUUCAAUCUCGGAGUUAACUUGAGAACAAAUUCGCUAGAUUGUUAUGCGCUUUUGCUGGCGGCUGCGGUGCCGCGAGCGACAUGCAGGAGCUACAUUGCCUCGAUAUCGGGCCCCGUUCGUGUACACGCCCAAAGGGUCAGGAGGGUGGGGUUGCUUGGUUUUAUUAAUUUCAGGGGUGUCGGGGGGCGGCCUGGGCAUGCGGCUGCCUUUGUACAGGAGCAGCGAAGAGCGCUCCUGGGGUUGUAUCCUCUCGCUCCCAUCGGUCCCCGCUGCCGCGUUGAUUCCCGCCGACGCUUUGGUCGCUUUGUCAAAGUGUUUGUUGGGCCCAAGGCUAGUAGUGAGUAGGGGACGCCGCGCCGCGGCGUGGUGGCCAGGGAGUGAGAGCGAGCGGCUCGCCGCGCGGCCCCUCGCGGGGGUGCCCAUGCCCAGUCUUGGCCUUCGGCCUACCUUUUGUUUUUUCUGUAAGUAUUCAAUUUCAGCGUUCUUGCUCGUGUUGUGCUUGCCGCGAUGGAUCUGGUUUAUCUAAGUCUGAGGCUUGUCAUCCCCACUUACAUACUACGGCGACGUGACUACUUACUACUCACCAUGGAUAAAUAGUGCGGGAAAGACAUUAAGCACCUUCAUCACCACACAGGUUUUGCAAGAGUUAUAUGCGAUUGAUCAGUUCCAGAGGUUGACCCCCUUGGGUGUGCAGAUCAGUAAGCUCCCGAUUGAGCCCCGCAUGGGUUAUGCGGUUCUCUUAAGCUGUCUUUUAGGCGUAGCACACCCGAUGUGCGUGAUUGCGGCGGCGUCAUGUUACCAGGAUCCAGUGCGUCAGGACUCUCCGUUAAAAUCGAGUUAUUCACAAAACCCGAACUACAGUGACCAAAUCCUUCUCUUAAAGAUCCUGUACCAGUUGCACGAUACCCAGAAGUAUCUGAAUCCGAACUACUGCCGGGACAACGGCGUGAAUGGAAACGUCGUCCGAAUCAUCUUCGACUCCGCGAAGCAACUGGAACUGAUGCUGGUACCCCUUUGCUCUCUUUUACCAAUUAAUAGGCCCUAGAUUGUCUUUGUGUACUCCUACUGUAGUUCAUAAACAUGUUGAAGAUCAUAAUGGAACUCUCUUUCAUACAUUGCAGGAACGAAUGUAUUACUAUGCUCCAAAAUGAAAUUAUCAGCAUCUUCAACAAACCAAUCGAUCGUUCUAUCCUUUAAAAACUACUAGCAACAAAUGGGCUUCGAUUCGCCAGAGCGUGUUCCCUGGAACAAAGCAAGGUGGGACCAGCUGCAACUUUUGUUGGCGCUAAGUGUGGACCAUUUUUCGAUGCAUCAUUCCAAACGCCGUGUCUGGCUAGGACCUAUGGAAACUGGGGUCAUACAGCAGAGCAGUUGUUGCGCAGACGAGGUUGUGGUAAGAAGAAUGACCACUUCAUUGUGUGGAGUAAUUAUUCCUUCAGUAAUAUAAAAGUGAGUUUUUGUUUUUUCCUUAUUAGAAAUUAGAAUAUUAUAUAUAUAUAAGUAGAAAAACAGAGAAAUUGAAACUCUUCAUGUUCAUCCGCAUUUGAGGUAGGCUUUCGAAACCAUUCAAGUAGACCUUCGUAUUGCUCAAUACAGACUACCUUUCGUCCCUUCAAAAACAUAGGUGCCACCUGAGCGGUUUUAUGUAUUCGAAGAGCAAAGCGCGAACAGUAGUCAGGAUACAAAAACCUUCAAAAAGUGGAAGGAAGGUUCAGAUGCGGCAGGGAGUCUCCAAGCUAUGCAUAGCAACGUCCAGUGUCGCAAUGUCACGAACGUCAGUGUUAUCCCGAUCAUCCUUGGCAGCGCUAUGGCUCUAACGUACAGCUGGUUUGUUAUUUCAUGUCAGCUCUUCGCUAGCUACUUAGCUGCUUGAUCUUGAUCUUCAGUUCUUUGCUUGUUUGGCCUAUGGUUUUUCUGAAAGAACGACUGAAUAUCUUGAUGAAUAAUACAAAAAAAUUCUGACUGUGACUAUAGGAUAUUUCACAGCACCUAUCUCUUAUUGAUUCACAGGUACAGUCAGAAGCAUCUUUAUAUUGAUGGGUGGCUUCCAUUGCGGUGUACUUUUGAGACCGCAGCUCUACUUGGAGCCCUGAAAGCCUGCUUGGAGUCAUUGGUUUUGCGACUCGCGCAUACCCCCCGACUCGUGUCACAGAAUGACGCGCCGUUGAUCGAGCUGAGGCAGGUUCUCAGUCAAAUAUGCGACUCGAAUAUCAAAAUCUCACCUGACGAAGAGGAGCAGGGUGUGUAGAAGAUGUGAGGAGAUGUGAACCCCCACGAUCAUGUUUGCGCUGUAUAUCUAUCAACAUAGUCUAUUCAGGGUUGAUGUUGUAUUCAUCUGGCACUGGGUACCAACGUAGUGCUAGACCUCCAUCAGGAAAUUUGUUGAAAUCCAUGAUCAUCUAUACUCACGAAUGAUGAAUGAACAGCCCUGCGCAAGUUGUAAGAGGCACUUUUGUAGUACUCCUGUUGCGUGAGCUCCCUCGGCGGGGCUGCCCCCCACAUUAUAAUUCUGUUCGGUGAUAUCAAAUCACACACGUCAGUUGUAAGAUCUUUCGCUGAUAAAUCACGCUUACCAGCCCCCGUCGCGUCGGGUGCGAUCAUGCCCGGCGAACAUAUAGUGAAUAAACGACAUCAAAAUGAACAAAAAUGUCCCCAUGAUAAUUCAGACCUUUAUACGGAACUCCUAGUUUCCAUAUCCCAACAAGAUUGUUGUUCCCCUGCUCAAGAACCCCAAAAGGAAGAGAGUCUGAGCCAGUUUUUCACCAUCAAUCUAUCCGGUGUUAUACAACUUACGUAGAUUGGACGGACAGGGCAAAGCUCAACUUCUUCGACUCGAGGAAAGAAUGGUGUUCCAUACCUCCACAUGAUGAAGAGCUUUC